AUGUAUGCCAUUCUCGGUCUCCCGCACGACAGUCUGGGCGGGGGCGGGCUGAUUACGUCAGCACAGCACACCACCCCCCCUCCUUGGAAACUCCGGACUCAGCCCAACACAGCAAAACGCAGGCAGAACCCAGCCAGAACCAGCCUGAAACGGAAUCGCAAACGAUGGCUUCCAGCAGCAACAACAAAAACAGACUCACUCAAACCAGCAACAAAGAGCAGACGAACAACCGCCAUCGCACCAGACACAUUCACCAACCCAGACUCAGCCAAAACGACGGCAACCGCAACAACAUCCCAGGGCGAACAACAACCAUCACAGCCACAACCACAACCACCCAAAUCAACCCAGAUCGACACCGAGGAGGAUGACGAGGUACAGCCGAUCGACAGGGGGGAAGCACUGGUCAGAAGGCGGAUGAAGGAGCGCCAACGACUCAAGAAGGAGGCCGAACGCAGGCUGCGUCGAGCAGCAGACGAAGAAAGCAACCCCAAACCAUCCUCAUCCAGACCCACCGCCUCACGCACCAAGACCGCACCCGCCCACCAUCCCCCGGGCGCACACCGCGACCCCAGACUGGCCUCACCCAGCCUCGAAUCAUUCUGGGCAUCCCAACUAGCAGCAUCCCAGGCGGGCGCGCACCGAGAGGAGAACAGCAGCAGCCAAUCCCCAGAGACUCGCUCGAUCAUCCGCCUCGAUAUCGACCCCAAGCCGAACAGCCCAGCCCACCGCGGCGUCUCGCCCGUCAGAAUCCAGUCCACCUACCAAUCAUUCGGAUCCCCCAGCCAGUUCACCGCCCCCAUCAUCAAAGCCACCACCCCGAGCGACCAGCAGCACAGGCUCAACCCAGCCUCGAGCCAGCAACAACAGCAGCCAUCGGAGUCCGCCAAGCCGCCGUUCUCGCUCCACGGGAAGAACCUCCAGCCCGCCGCCGAGCUGGCUGCUCACCCCCACGAGGGCGCCAGCACGGCCGGCCAUUCCCUCCACCGCCAGUCCUCCCGCUUCUCCGUCGCCAACUCCAACCUCCAUCCCGCCGAAUCCCAGAGCCUGUUGAGCAACGACGACCUCACCUCGAACCACCACAGCUCUGUUCACACCAGACAGAUCCAUGAAGCCUCCCAUCACGACUCGGAUCACGAUAAGAAUAGUGAACAUCAGGAUAGCAGCUCUUCAUCCUCUCCGCUUGACGAUGAUGAUGUCGAGUAUACACUCAAGGACAGACAAGAUGCCAUUAACAUUGAGCAUCCAUUUGGACUGCCGAUCUGGAAACCAGCGUUGUACAAGAAAUCUCGAUCUGUGGCCAGGAACGCGGAAGCGGCGUUGCACAACUCGCCCACUUCGACGACCGGCUCUACGUUAACGUUCGGGAACCUACUGUGGUCGCUGAUCUUUGGGACCUGGCUGGCGUUAGUAGUCGCGCUGGUGGCGGCGAUCCUGUUUGUGAUCCCGUGGGGCGGCAGCAAGUAUGGCCGAGUGGUGUGGGAGCUGGCGGGAUACUUGGUGUGGCCGUUUGGGAAGUACGUAGAGGAGUGGUCGGAGGAGGAGGAGGAGGAGGGCAGCGAGACGCAGAACGAGGAGCAAGGGCCCCACGCCGCCGAGCCUGGCCGGUUCGCCGGCUUAGACCCCGGCCGACCGAACACGUCCCGCUGGGUGACCGUGUCAGAGAUCGACGAGGACGAGGUGGGGUCGAUCGACCGGCUGACGAUCCGAGGCGACGAACGGGUGCCGUUGUCGCCCGCCGGCCCGCCCGAGCGACGCUCGCCCAACUACGGGGCCACCAGUCCUUCGGGCCCCACGACGAUGCCCAAAGACCGACUGGCCUCGGACUCGACGAUCAAGUCGGACCUGACCACGAUCCUCGGCCUGUUCAAGAGGACGGAGGAAGGCCCGGCGGGCCCGGCCAAGCGCCAGAUCCGGGUCCGCGCCCUCGGCCGGCUCUCCUUCUGGGUGGCCUACUACCUCAUCAUCGCCCCGCUCAUGCUGGCCGUCUGUCUGCUUUGCUGGUUCUUCGUCGUCACUAUCCCGAUGGCCAAGCUGCUCUGGGUGCUCGUCCAACACCUGGGCACCGAGCCGCUCGCGCUCCAUUUCCGCUCCCCGCCCACAUACAUUGACCUCCACCGGGUCGAGAUCGGUCUUGCGGCCUCUGGCCACCAGGAACAACAAGAGCCGCUCCGCGACGGCCAGCCCGACCCCGAGGAAAACGCCCACCCGAAUCGCCGGCUCAGUAGUCGGCUCCCGCCCCAGCUCAAGCCCGGCCAACCAGCGCCCAAACACUCCAAGAAGUCUCUCUCCGAGAGCCGCGCUAAGGGCCGGCUCGUCAGCGGGAAAGCCAAGGUGCUUCUGUGCACAUACAAGGCGUUAGGAUUGCAGUACUACAAGUACACCGUCGACGGGGUCAACAUCAUGUUCAUCAUCCUGAUCCCCUUUGUGAUCUUUGUCAUUCUCGACUUCUUCUUCCUAGCCCCGUUGAAGCUAUCAGGCUUCCUAGGAGUGUUAUCGUCGCAGAUCGUGCUGUUCGUGAUGGCUUUGUUGAGCGUGAUUCCGUUGUCGUAUUUUAUUGGGAUGGCGGUCGCCUCGAUCUCGGCCCAGUCGUCGAUCGGCAUGGGCGCAGUGAUCAAUGCCACCUUCGGCUCGGUGAUCGAGAUCAUCCUCUAUGCUAUCGCGCUCACCGAGGGCAAAGGCGAGCUCGUCGAAGGAUCUAUCAUCGGCUCCGUCCUCGCUGGCGUCCUCCUCCUCCCCGGCCUCUCCAUGAUCGGCGGCUCGUUUAAGCGCAAGGAACAGCGCUUCAACGCUCGCUCUGCUGGCGUCACCUCCACCAUGCUCAUCAUGGCCAUCAUCGGAACUCUUACCCCUACCCUCUUCUACGAAAUCUAUGGCACCUUUCAACUCACAUGUUCGGGCUGUCCAGAUGACCUCGACCAUCCCGGUCUGAUCUCCCAGGACAAGGUCUGGAAAUGCAAAUCGUGCAGGUACGAACAUCUCAGUCCUGUCAGCGACAGCUUCUAUCAAUCUUCAGUCAAAGGGCUGUCGUACUAUUGUGCCGGCUUACUCGUCCUGUCGUACUUGAUAGGACUGUGGUUUUCCUUACGCACCCAUGCGUCGCAGAUCUGGCAGACUCCCGCGGCGGUGCUUCCUCAUGGCGCAGGCGUGGUAGGAACCGGCGGAGACGGCGGGGGUAUGGUGGGCGAUCCGCACUCGUCGUCGGGCGUGGGAGCCGGCCAGGAGGGCCCGCACGAGUUCCAGCACCUGACGAGCCAACAACGGAUGUCGAUGUACGUGCGCAAGCUGCCGGAGAUCGUCAAGCAGCAACUGCUCCCGCACCUGCAACGCUCCGUUUCCUCGGCCCGCCACCCGGACCUGCUCGCCUCGGCCAAGCCCCACCCCGUCCUGCCUGCUGCGUCUGCCAGCAACGCCGGAGGGGCUGGGCCUCCACGAACUCUGACCACCGAGGAAGUCAACCAGACCCUCCAUGUCCUCCAGCUCGCCUCCCACGGCUUUCCCGCCUCCUCCUCCUCCGACCAUCCCGGCUCCAUCGGGCCCUCCAAGUCGCGCCCACCCAGCCACGUCCACAGCCGCGACCCCUCCCACCACCACCACCAUCAUCAUCAUCACCAUCAACAGCAGCCGCAACAUCCCGGCCCGCUCCCUCCCUCCUCCCACCAUCACCCGUUAGUGCUCGACGAGCAUGGCGACUCAGGAGACGGCGGCGGCGGCCACGACGCGCCCAACUGGAGCCGCACUAAAUCUACCACCGUCCUACUCCUCUGCACCGCCCUCUACGCUAUCAUCGCCGAGAUCCUCGUCAACGUCGUCGACGUCGUCCUCGACUCCGCACCCGGUACGACCAAGUUCCCCGAGAAGUUCCUCGGAAUUUCCCUCUUCGCCCUCGUCCCUAACACCACCGAGUUCAUGAACGCCAUCUCUUUCGCCAUCAACGGGAACAUCGCCCUCAGUAUGGAGAUCGGGUCCGCGUAUGCCCUUCAAGUGUGUCUCAUCCAGAUCCCCGCAAUGAUCGCGUUCUCGUCCUUCUAUAAUUCGGACAAACACGUCUCUGCGGCACACACCUUCACGUUGGUGUUCCCUCGAUGGGACGUGAUCGCGAUCAUCUUCUCCGUCUUCUUGCUCACGUACACGUACAUCGAGGCGCGCUCGAAUUACCAUCGUGGCACGAUCCUCGUCCUCAGCUAUCUGGUCUUGAUUGGCGGGUUCUAUUCUGCCCCUGUCGACAGCUUGGACGCGCUCGGCACUCAUGUCGACAGCUUCACGACCCGGGUCGUCGACAACUAUCGCGCCUUCGCGCCCUUCUCGGCCCACACUUCCGACACCCAGAUCGUCUCCUCCGGGCUCUUCUCCUGA